AAAAAAAGGUUAGGUUGAUAUUUAACGAUUGAGACGCAGUCCAUUAUUGUCGAGACCAAGACCGAGAGCAUCGUCUUCUUCAUUCUUCUUCUUCUUCUCUUUGAAAUGGCUAAUAAUCGGCACACAAUUAUUCUAAUGCAAACCUCUCACAACAGAGCAACCAGAACUUUCAUGGAUUAUGCUUCAAUAACACAGGCCAUGGAAGGCAUAUGUGGACUGUAUGAAAGGAAACUGAAGGAGUUGAAUCCGGCCAUCAGAAGUCUCUCUUAUGAUAUUUCGGAUCUCUACAACUUCAUAGAUGGUCUUGCAGACAUGAGUGCUCUAGUUUAUGAUACCUCAAUUCAUGCUUACUUGCCACAUGAUCGCCAGUGGAUUAAGCAGCGAACCUUUCAACAUUUGAAGAAAUUGGCACAUUGAUUGGUCCCCAAAUACAGCAACUUAAUGUAAAUAAAUUCACCAAGGGUAAACCUAUCUGUUAUCUGGGCUAUACUCUGAUGGCUAUGUUGCUUGAAUGAAAGAUUUUACAUACUCUUGGCUAGUAAUUGUAAUAUCAAUAGCUAGUAUUGCUGAAGUUUCAGACACAAGUGAUUGUUGUCGCCAUGCUUUACUUUAUCAUCAGCAUGUGGCUCUAUCUUCUAUAUGUAGAAGACUCUGUCCCUUUUUAAAUUAAUCUUUAUCGUGUACUAUUUAACAGUGAAUUACAUUAGUCAUAUCAUAUGAAUGAUAAUUUUGAGAGGUCAUAUCAGACUUGAA